AUGAUACUAGUCAAAGAUAUAGUAUUUCCAGAAAAAAAGGCAUUUUCUAAUUUGGAAAUAUCAUGUUCAGAAGGAGAAGAUGAGGCCUGGAGUACUGAAAUAGAGGAGGAUAUCAGUAAAGAUGAAGGGUUAGUAAGAAUCGAAGAGGAAAAAAUUGCAGAAAAAUUGCUUGAAAAACGUCAAUUUCGAAAACGACGUCCAGAACAAAAAAGACCUUAUACAUAUGAUUUUUUAAAGCAUAAUGAAGAAUUUAGAAGAAUUGGGAUAAAGCCUAUGGAAAGUGAAUUUAUGGAGCAUUUAAAUUUAGAUGAUGAGGAUACUCAAUAUGAAUCUCAAGAUAGUAAAGAUUCGCAAACGACAUUAGCUCAUAUAAUUUCAGAAAAUGAGGAUUUUGAGUUAGAAGAAUUUAAGAGAAAUAAACCAAGUGCGACUUUCAUUAAUCCUAAUCGCCAUAAUUGGCGUCUUAACCGAGUUAAAAAAGCUUUACAAAAACAGACAUCAUCCGCUUCAAAAAGUACUAAAAAAGUGAAGGAUUUCUUGCAUUAUAAUUCGGACACAGAAAUAACUAUGUUGAAAUCAAUUCAAAACUUUAAGAGGGUAUCAGGAAUUGAAAAUGAAGAAUGUGGUUCUGAAAAUAAUAUUUCAGAUGUCUCUGAAACAUUUUCAAACCAUCACUCACCCUCAUUUGUUCGAACAAAACAUAAUUCUAGAAUAAAAUAUAUUUUACAGGAUAGUAGUGAAUCUGAUAUAAAAAAAGAUGAUUCUUGUUACGAGGAACACAAUUUUAUAAAUGAUAUUUCUCAUUAUAAAAGAAAACUCAAAGGAAUUUUGCCUCCGUCAUACCUUACUUUAGAAAACAAGUUUAUCAUUUCAAAUUCUUACUCAAAAAUUAAUACUCCUGCAAAAAAAACAAAUAUUCAAGAAGAAAAUAAAAAAGGUUUAGUAAAAAGAAAAAUGGCGAAAUUUCCAUCAACUUUAAAGCCUUUUUUAAUGGACUUAGAUACCAACAAUUUAACACAUCAACCUAAAAAAGCAAAAUAUUUGGAUUUUAAGGAAAAUAACAAUAAUAAUUAUUACUCUUCUAAUGAAUCAUCUAAUGGUAAUGAUGUUUCAGAAAGAAAGUUGAUAAAUAGAAUGUAUGCAGGAACAAAAUCUAAUAACCAUAUGUAUUUUCCUAAAGAACAUAGAAGAGAUAAUACACGUGAAAAUUCUUUGAAAAAAACAUCAAAAUAUUUAUUACCAGAAAAAAUCAAAAGACUAAAUAAAUUUCCAUCUAAGUUCAUAAAGAAAAAAAAAGUAACUAAAAUAGGAAUUCUGGAUCUUUUUAAAAAGCAUAAAGAUAAGAACCAACAAGCUCUUCCAAGAUUCAUUAACUUAGUAUGUCGAAUCAUGAAAUCUCGAAAAGACCUUGGUCGAACUUAUCCCUAUAGAAAAGUCUUUUUUUUUGAUAAUUUUGAUGACAGACAAGAAAUAAAUAAAAUAUUUGAAAAAUGGAAACAAGGGACUUUAACGCCUAUUUACUCAAAGAACGAUAUUUUUUCUUGUUAUACAAAACCGAAAUCUAUAACAAAUUCUAUCAAUUUUACAGAAAAUAUUCCUUGUUUAUCGGCCGAAAUACAUGAAAUAAAACAAAACGUGGAAGUAAAGGACAAUAAUUCUAGAAAAAUUAUAGGAAAAAUACUUUUUCAAGGGGAGUUAAAAAAAAAAAUAUCAGAAAAUUUUAUGAAAAGACCAAAUGAAAGUUAUUGUAGAAAAAAUAAUCCUAAAAGUUGCAUUACAAAUAAGUACGAGUCUAUUUAUGAGUGGUUGAAUAAAUUAUCAUCAUCUAAACCAGAUAUUAUUGAUAAAAUUGACAAUAAUAUGGAAAAUAAAAUAAAUGAUCCAAAGAUAAGACAUUAUAAUCGUAAAUCAAUAGCCAAAAGAAUUGAUUCUAAUCAUUUUGAUGAUACUAUAAUUCAUCGUCAUAUUAUAAAUAAAGUAAAUGCACGAAGGGAAAAUAGUAAUAAUUAUUUUCAGCAAUCAUUAGAGCAAUUCUGGUUGCAAAAGUCAACGUUUUCAAUGACAUUUAAUGUUAAUCCUAUUAAACAAGAUAUUUUUUUUGAUUCGGAGACAUUUAUUGGUAGUGGUCUACUUCAAAAGUUACUAUCAGAAUCAGAUAAUGAUGCAAAUCAACCAUUAUAUUCUAUUGAUUGUUAUACUAUAUUUGAUUAUAAGAUGCAAAAUAAUCUUUUUGAUGAUAUUGAGAAAAUACAAAAAAUAUUUGAAGAAUUAUCAUACAAUAUCUUAAAAUAUAAUAUCCAACAGUCUAAAGAAGAAAAUAUUGUUGAUAAUUCUUUAUAUUCACAUCUACUUUAUAUAUUCCGAUAUAUUAAUUUUCGGCUACAAAAUAAUACUUCUGAACUUUUGAUAGAAUUUUCAAAAAACCUUCUAGAAUUAUGCGAAAAUCUUUCUCAACAAUUAAUUCCUUCAAUUCAAAUUUGUGAAAAUUUGUCUUUAAAGUCAAUACCAGUAAAACUUUUUUUUCAACUUCAAAUGUUUUUUUUAGUUUUUGCUUUUAAAUUUGCAAAAUCAUAUUUUAGAAAAAACGAGGUCCCUAAAUUUCAUGAUAUGUGUAGAAUAAUUACAGAUAUUUCUCAAAGGUUAGUUAAACAUUUAUUGCAAUUUGGAUUUGAUUCCUUGAAUUCCGGGCUAAGAAAACAAAACAGCUCUAAAUAUUCAUCAAAAGGAAUUAAUAAUAAUGAUUAUUUUAUCGAAGUUUGGGUAGUGACAAUCCAUAUAAUGGAUUUCUCUAAUAAUUUAUUUGGGGAAUUCGUACCAAAUUUUUGGACUCUUUUAAAUUCUGAAUUAAAAAUAAUAAAUUCUUCUGAAAUAUAUGAGUUUCUCGACCAUGAAAAGUGCUGGUAUUCUAUAAUAAAUUUAACUGUAUUGUAUCAAUUUAAUAUAUCUGGUGUCUCUGGUAUUCCAAAUGGAUUAGCUAAUUGGAUAAUGAUAGAAAGAAUUUUAUCAAAUUUUUUCGAAAAUACAGAGAUAUAUAAAAAAGAAUUAGGAAAUAGUCAAAACAUGUAUAUUCGAACUUUGUUUGGAAGGUGUCAUUAUCUUAUUUCUACUUGGAAAUGGUCAAAUGCGAAAUCUAUUGUCAUUUUGUUAUACACAUUUUUUUGUAAAAGACAACUUCGGAAUUUAAUUAAUGAAAAUACACCAGGCUAUCCAUCUUUUAUUCAGAAUCUUAAAGACCUACCUUCUACUUCUAUCGAAACGUCUGAUACAUGUUUUCAUAUUUUUUUAAAAGUAAUUAUUCUUGUUUUGGACCAAUUAAAGAUACAAUUAAAUAGCUCUUUCAUACCUUCAAAAGAUUUAAAAAUUUUAAUAUCUCGUAUAACUCCUCUUCAUAAUCGAAAAUAUUCAAACAAUCAAGAACUUUCUAUUCAAGACUUUAUUUCUCUUGAAAAUCAUCAUAGUCUUCUUCUUAUAUUAUUUCGAAUUGUUCCUAAUCAAUAUCGACCACCUAUAACAAUGAUACAGGAUUUGGUUCAGAUAGAAAAUGCACAUUGUAAAGCAAAAUUAGUAAAUCUUAAAGCAUGGUUAUAUUUGACACGUUUUCUAUUAUUCAAUUCAAACAAUGAUGAUUUUCAAGCUGUAUGUAAUUGGUAUAAUAUGGUACUAGAUACAACAAGAGAGGAAUAUAUGUCAAUAUAUCGUACACAUAAACGCCAAUCUGAAUCCAAAACUUUAAAAUAUCUUCCAAAUGACAAAUUACUAGAAUAUAAUCUAAAACAGCUUGAGAAUGCAAUGAUUUCAUGUUUGCGUUGUAAAAAAGAGAUUAUUAAUAGUGUUGAAAGUAAUGUUAGUAAAGGAAAAAUUUUACAAUUAUUUUGUAAAGCUUCUUCAACAAACAUAUUUAACUCUUCAUCUGUUAUUCCUAGUUCUGUAAUAAUUGAGGCAUUAAAUUUAACAUCUAGUUUUAUUCGACGAUUAUGUAAAAAAAGUUCUUAUGAAAAAUACACUGAAUCAUAUAUGGAAGAUAGCCAAGAUUAUGGAGAUAUAUCUAUAUUUUAUGAUUUAGUUGAUAAUAAUGACUCUGAAAAUAAUAUUGAGCAUGAUUUUUCUGUGAUUAUUAAUGAAACCUUAAGUGGGCAGAUCUUUCAGAUGUUAUCCAAUUAUUUGGGCUCUGAUGUUGAAAUUUCAUAUGAAUUACUUAAUGCAAUUAUUGAGUGCUGGGUACUCACUGCAGAUCUUUUAGUAAGAAAUGGGAUUAAAGAAUGGUCAAAUUAUUUAGAUUAUGGACAAGAAUCAUGGAUCCGCUUUGGAAAUAAUUCGAAAAUUAAUCAAGCAGGAGUUAUUUUUAUGUCAAAAGUUAUCCAAGAAUGUCCUAAUGCAUAUUUUUCCUAUCGUAUUACGUUUAUAUCUUAUUGGUUUCGGGUUAUUGUUGAAGAUAAACUUUAUAAUCAACAUACUUUAACAAGCCUUAUUUUAAAUAUUGAUUCUUCUAACAAAUUAUGGAGAAAUGUUCAAUUUUCAAAAAAAUCAAAUCUUUUUGAAAUUAAACUACAUGAAAUAAAACAUCACCAAUUUUCUAUAAUUUCAAAUACACUGGCAAACAUGGGAGAAAUUUAUACUCAUUUAGAAUCGGAAAAUCUGAUACAAAAUACCAAAAGUGAGUUUUUAACAUAUCUAUCAAACUUAUUUCAUUCUAUGAGAGACACCUAUCAAAAAUUAGUCCAAGAAAAUGACAAUGAUAUCAAAAAAUAUAUUGAUUUAUGUCAGAAGCUUAUUGGUUGUGUAUUACAAUAUUGCGGGGAGUUUGUUAAUGAGAAUACUCUUCCAAUUUUAGAUUGGUUUAUUAAUUCCACAAAUUUUCCGCAGCCUAAAGAAGAUAUUAUUUACACAGCAAAAAAACUUAAAGGUUAUGAAAAAAGAAACUUAAAUGAUCCUUUAAUACAGCAAGAAUUGUUUAGAUUUAUUAAAGCAAAGUGCGAAAUUGCAUUAUUUGAGCAUAAAAGAAAUCAGUUUUCUACUUUAAUGCGUCUUGUUUUGAGUGACACGAAAGACUAUAAUAUAAUUAUACAUCGUAAAAUUCAAACUCUUGAUCUUGUUUGUUUUAUUAUUGAUGAAGUUUUUAGCGCGUACAUGGCAUAUUCGAAAUCUCAUAUUACAUGGAUAUAUAUAAUUCCAAUGUUAGAGGCUACAAAAGAACUUUUUUCUAGUCUUUUGGAAUAUAAAUAUCAAAAUUUUUACAUAUGUUCUAUUUUAAAUAUUAUGGAAUCUUUCUUUCAAGUUCUUUUAUCCUGUCUUAAAACCUUUUUCGAAUCAUCCACUUUAUUAGCAAUAUAUGGUUCUGUUAAGAUUUUUGAAAUAUUAGCAAUUUUAGUGGAACUUCUAGGAUCAAUAAAUUAUACAGAUUAUUACAAAAAUAAGCAUCUUUAUAUAGCUGAAAACAAGAAUAUUGAGAAUUUAUGGAAAUAUAUUUCUAAAUUUUUGAAAUUAACACCUAUAUUUGUUUCAUGGAUAUCAUGGGGAAAAGAAAAUAUUCAUUGGCCAGAUUUAUAUAUCGUAGAAUUGCAAAAAAAACACUUAGAAACCAUUCAAAGGCAAAUAUAUAGAGAAUGGACAUUAAAAGAAUCUCAAAAAAAUUAUACUUGGUUGCAUAAUUUUAGAAAUCAAGAAAUUAAACUUAUUUCAGAUUUUAAUCAAGAAGAAAUAAAACAAUUAUUAUUAAAAGGUGUUUUUGAUUUUAUUGCAUGUCUUUUUUCAUGUGGAGGAGUAUGGCAAUUACAUAUAAAAGAGCUUAUACCAUCUAUUCUUUUCAAAGGAUUAUCAGUAGAUCAUAAUGUUAUUGUCAAAUUUAUGGCAAACAUUGGGGAAUUAAAUGAAUAUGAUUAUCUAUGGAAAAAUAUAUUUUCUAUUCCAAAUAAUACGCAAAUUAUAUACACAGAAUGUUUAGGUAAUUUAUUUAUUUAA